AUGUCAACAUGUAAAUCCCUCCUUCGAGCCUGUCCGUCGCAGCGGGCUACUCCGUCGCUCCUUCCCCUCACACAAUGCCGCUUCGAAUCCACAACCCGGCGACACAGAAAACUGCUCGCACUCCCCGAAGCACCAUCCUACACAUCCGACCGCUCAGUCCCUACACUGGUCUUCAAUCCUCCGUCCUCAGCGCCAAACGUCUACCACACACCGCUCAAGUUCCUGCCCAAAGAAGAUAAGAGAAGACAGUUGUACGCUACCGCCCAACAAUACGCAACGAAACUGGCGCACACACGGCAAUCCUCUCACAUCGCCGCACCCGGUACACCACUCAACACAGAUAGCUUCCUACCGCCGCGCCCUUCUGCCGCGCUACCUACCCCGGUUCGAAAGCCAUACGAGAAGACGUAUCAUCUCACCGAGGCGGAUAUCGCUGAGAUAAGGAGGUUGAGGAGUGAGGACCCGGAUACGUGGACGCGGGUUAAGCUGGCGGAGAAAUUUGGUUGCAGUCAGUUUUUUGUGGGUAUGGUGGCUAAGAAUGAGGGGAAGGCGGAGAGGGUGUCUAGAGAGCACGAGGCGGCGAGGAGGAAGUGGGGGACUAGGAGGCGGGAGGCCAGAGAAGACCGGGGGAGGAGGAAGGUACUUUGGGGGAGGGACGCUUAG